AUGAUACAUGGACCUUGCGGACAUUUCAACUACAAUUCACCCUGUAUGGUCGACGGUAGGUGUUCCAAGCGAUACCCAAGAGACCUGCUUGCUGAAACCAUAACGGGAAAUGAUGGAUACCCAUUGUAUCGUCGGCGAUCAGUUGCGGACAGUGGGCGAUCGGUAGUUGUGAAGGUAAGGGGACAAAAUGUUGAUGUAGACAAUCGUUGGAUUGUGCCAUACUCGCCAAUAUUGUCCAAAGCUUUUGAGACUCACAUCAAUGUGGAAUAUUGUAAUUCUGUGAAGUCGAUAAAGUACAUAUGUAAAUAUGUUAAUAAAGGUAGUGAUAUGGCUGUCUUCGGUGUAACCAAUGCAAAUGAUGAAAUAUCACAGUACCAGAUGGGUCGCUAUGUAAGUAGCAACGAAGCUAUUUGGCGUAUAUUUUCAUUUGCGAUCCAUGAAAGACACCCUACAGUAGUCCAUUUGGCAGUCCAUUUAGAAAAUGGUCAACGAGUUUAUUUUACUGAAUCUAACGCGGCAGACAGGGCGGCACAUCCACCGUCGACAACAUUAACAAGUUUCUUCACAGUCUGUCAAACUGAUGAUUUUGCUCGCACUUUGCUGUAUGCUGACAUGCCACGCUAUUACACAUGGAACGCAUCAUCGAAAUCGUUUCAGCGUCGAAAACAAGGAACACCAGUUGAAGGACAUCCAAAUGUAUUUGCUUCAGAUGCUCUGGGUCGCAUCUACACAGUACAUCCAAAUAACGAUGAAUGUUAUUAUUUGCGGUUGUUGUUGGUGAAUGUUCGUGGUCCGACAUCGUUUAAACAACUGAGAACAGUUAAUGGACAGCUGUGUGCGACUUACCAUGAGGCAUGUCAACUAUUACAUUUACUUGAGAACGAUUCGCACUGGGAUGAUACGCUCAAGGAUUCCGUAAUAUCUUCGUCGCCGCAUCAAAUUCGUACAUUGUUUGCGAUUAUCAUAUCGACAUGUUUCCCCUCGAAUCCAAAAGAUUUGUGGGUUAAGUAUAGAGAUGACAUGUCUGAGGAUGUUUUGCAUCGUGUGCGCCGUCAAACUUUGAAUCCUACACUACAAAUGACUGAAGAAAUUUACAAUGACACAUUGAUCAUGAUAGAAGAUAUGUGUUUAUUGAUGGCAAAGAAAGUAUUGUUGUGUUUGGGAAUGACAGCACCCAAUCGUCAUUUGCACGAUGCAUUAAACCACGAGUUGCAAAGAGAACAUCAGUACGACAUUGAAGCAUUGGCCGAAACAGUUCGUACAAAUGUUCCACAAUUAAAUCAACAACAAAGAAUUGCGUACGACACUUUGAUAGAAGCUGUGAACAGUGGAUCUGGUGGAAUUUAUUUCCUUGAUGCUCCCGGAGGAACCGGAAAAACGUUUUUAAUUUCAUUGCUUUUAGCGAGGAUCAGAUCGCGAAAUGAUGUUGCUCUAGCGUUGGCUUCAUCUGGAAUAGCUGCAACUCUGCUAGAAGGCGGGCGAACUGCACAUUCUGCCUUGAAAUUACCACUAAACAUGCAAAUCACCGAAACACCAAUUUGCAACAUCGCCAAAAAUAGCGCAAUGGCCAAGAUCCUACAGGUAUGCAAAUUGAUUGUUUGGGAUGAAUGCACAAUGGCCCAUAAGAGGUCACUGGAGGCACUGGACAGAACGUUGAAAGAUCUUCGUGACAACCAAAAUAUUUUCGGUGGGGCCAUGAUUCUGUUGUCAGGUGAUUUUCGUCAGACUCUUCCAGUUAUUCCCCGAUCAACUGUUGCUGAUGAACUAAAUGCAUGCCUAAAAUCAUCAAAUUUGUGGCAGUACGUAAAGACACUCCACUUAACAACUAACAUGCGAGUAUUUUUGCAACAAGAUGAAACUGCAAAUGUGUUUGCGAAGCAGUUGUUAGACAUUGGAAAUAAUAAAGUUGCAGUGGACACCUCGACCGGAUUCAUCACAUUACCUAUAGAUUUCUGUCACAUCACAGAAUCAAAAGUGGAGCUUAUUCAGCGAGUUUUCCCAGAUAUAGCGCAAAAGUUCAAUAACCAUAAUUGGCUGGGUGAACGAGCAAUAUUAGCAGCGAAAAAUAAAGAUGUCGAGGAUCUUAAUGCGACAAUUCAGAAUUUUCUUCCAGGACAGUUGAUUUCCUUCAAAUCAGUCGACACCGUAAUGAACCAGGAUGACGUAAUCAACUAUCCCACUGAGUUCUUAAAUUCACUGGAAUUGCCUGGAUUACCACCUCACAAUUUGCAGUUAAAAGUAGGAUCAGUUGUCAUCAUGCUGCGUAACAUUAAUCAACCUCGACUAUGCAAUGGAACAAGACUGGCUGUGAAAAGACUGAUGAAUAACGUCAUUGAGGCGACAAUCAUAAAAGGAAAAUACAAAGGAGAGGAUGUCUUGAUCCCGCGGAUACCGAUGAUUCCAAUGGACUUACCAUUCGAUUUUAAACGUUUACAAUUUCCAUUUCAUUUCAUGGGAUGCUCACAUCACAUCAGACAUCAGUCGGUAUUAAUGAAGACUGCUAAGAGAAAGACCUCUGAUUCAAAGUCGCCUGAUUAG